CGGCCUCUCCUGACAAUCAGGCCCACAGGUGGAAUGGCCAGUAGCCCACCAAGACAACCCAGAGGGCGGCGUGUUCCGCCUCAUGUCCAAAAACCUUUCUUGCAGGUAGGAGGUGGGGCCCUAUCUCCACAGCCUAUCUGUUUGCACACUGCUGGGCUAAGGACUGCCCCCCUGGGGUCAGGGGGUCAAUAGAUGUCUCUCAGUCCUGUGGUACUAUGAACACAGAGCUCAGAACAGAGAAAAGGAGAUGCCUGGUUAUUACAUCUCCCAGCCCCACCUCCUGGGGUGGUCACGUGGAAAUGACAGCAGAGUGGGCCCAAGAGGCAGGUGAGUUUUUGUAGUCAAUAAGGUCCUAAGGUGGAAAGAAGAGCAUAGUCUCAUGAGUAAUACGGACAGAUGGCUCAAGUCCCAGCUCUGCCACUCACAGACCUGGCAACCUCGGUGAGGGAAACGCACCCAUGAGAGAGAAACGAGUAAGAGGACGAGUCCGGGAGAGAAGAACCCCUGGGCUGCAUUCUCCGGAGAAUGAUUUUCCUUCUACGCCUCGCUCGAUGGCCCAGGCCAGCGAGCCCCUCCUGACGUCCCAGACGCGGGCCCGGCGCGAGUUCCUCCUCCCUGGUGCGGCCCGGGCGUGGCCUGGCUUCACCCCGCAGGCCUACCGCCGGCUGGCUCUGAGGCUGCCGCCCUGCACCGCGCGCAAGGCCGAGGUGCGCCGCCGGCUGCUCCGCCCCGAGAAGGACGCGGCGCAGCACACCUGGGGCUUCCACACGUGGCUGGACGUGGGCCGCCUGCCCGCCGCCUUCCCCACCAGGCCCGACAGGCCCUACGAUAGCAACGUGUGGCGCUGGCUGACCGACCCCGAGGCCCACGGCAGGCCCCCUGCGGAGCCCCCCAUCCCUCCUCCCUCCUGGAUGGGUCAGAACAGCUUUCUCACCUUCAUCUGCUGCACUCCCAUCUUCGUGGACGAGAACAGGAAGAACCAGGUGACUGUCAGGGCCGUGCAGGAACUGAGAGAGCUGGAGAAACUCAAGCUGAGGAGUGAAGCCAGGGCCCCUCCGCUCGAUGCCAAGGGCAACAUCCUGCCCCCAAAGAACUUCAAGAAGUACCGGCACAUCUCCGCUGGUGGAAGGUUUGAGCCCCAAGGCCUCCAGCUAAUGCCCAACCCACUUCCCAAUGAUUUUGCCAGGGGCUGGCCCUGCCCGAACCCUCUGCCUCAUUACCAGGAGAAGGUGCUAAAACUGGCCUUGCUGCCUAGUGCACCCCUGAGCCAGGACCUUGUGAGGAAUUACCAAACCCUGAUAGAGAACCGGGUUGCCUUGCCCCUCUGUCAUCUCUCCGAGGCACCACCUGGCAAAACCUUAACAAGGAAGAUGAAGAGAAGACCUGGACAGACCUAAAGAGCCUCCAGCUGGGCAAGGCCAAUGCAUCUUCAGCAAGAAGCCUUUGGGGAUGCUCAAGGACUGGCUUCUGCAGAACAGAGCCUCUCCACUCUCCCUCCAACCUCAAGCCACCUCUGUCUUCCAGGGCUCCUGAAGAUGCUACUGACACUCUAAAUUUUUAUCUGUCUUCCUUGGAGGACUCUCUCAUAGCAGCUACAUUUCAGAGAAUGGCAUUUCCUGAGUACUAGUGCUUCCCAGUUCCAAGCAACAAAGGCCUUGUCAGAGCAACUGAAAAUGAGGUGAUGCUGCCCCAACCUCACCCCACCCAAACUGCAAAUUCUGAAGUCUCUAUUCUACACCACAGGCACACAGUGAGAGAGAGAGAGGCAGAGACACAGGCAGAGGGAGAAGCAGACUCCCUGCACCGGGAGCCCGACGUGGGAUUCGAUCCCGGAUCUCCAGGAUCACGCCCUGGGCCAAAGGCAGACGCUAAACCGCUGCGCCACCCAGGGAUCCCUGUCUCAUUCUUGUUCAUUGAUAGUAUUACUUUCAAAAAAAUGAAUUAAUCAAGGCCUCUUGAAGAUGUUGAAGAAUUUUCAAACCUAAGGAGUGAAUUGCCAAAAAUAAAGUUGGAAGAGAUACCUUUCAAUACUGGGCCCAUCCAGCAUUGUAGUAUGUAGGCCACUCGCUGAUCUAUCAGUGUAUACAGUUGGUCCUAGUGAAGCAAACAGGAACCAAUACAACAUGUCAGUGGAUCCUCCUUGACUUCUAUCCCAGGCAAAUGUGUGGUGAUAAUGGAUGUCAAGGCAUGGGAGGGAGCUGGAAUAAUUCCACUGAAACUGAGUGUAAAUGAAACCAGGAUGUGAGUAGGCCAGAACCUGAUCAAUAAAAUCACACUACAGUUUGGUUUUCA